CAGACAGUGUGAUUUGACCCAGCCCUUCUUCUGCAGUGAAGCAUUUGUGGGUAGCGGGUACAUUUUAAUACCGAAAGUGUCCAACGGCACGUACGCCGCUGAAAUGGCUGAUGCGGCUCCAGAAGGAACAUCCACGUUGAGUGUUGAGAGCAAUGUAACGGCCGCAGAGAUAAACAAGGAUACUGGCGCGGAGAAAGAAAAGGGCCUCGCGUUACCGGAAACGGAGGAGCCACGCAGCAGCAUAACACCGAAAAUGGAAGAGGUGAACGCGGGGCCCUGUGAAGAGAAGCCCGCUGCAGCGGGAGACAAGGCCGAGAAGGAGGCGGUGACAGAGGACAGUGCUGCUGCAACGGUGAACCAGGUGGCGACAGCCGCUCCAGAAGAACCAGAGCUAAAGCAUGAAGUACGGCAAAGCCCCGGAGAAGGUAGUCUAAACAAUGAACCAGCCAACGAUAACGCAUUGAAAGAAGCAAAGGAGGAACCAAGAGAAGACAGCCAUGGUACGGGGAUAAACUGCGAAAAGAGCAAAACAGUUUGUGAAGAUGGUGAGAAACCCAGCGGCGGGGGCGGGGAGCUGGGCGACAAGAGGCGGCCGAGUGUGGAGAUAUCAUCCUCGGAUGGUGAACCGUUGAGCCGUAUGGACUCAGAGGACAGUCUUAGCAGUACCCUGAUGGAGAUGGAGAGCACGGUGUCGAGUGGGCGCUCCACCCCUGCUAUGAUGAACGGACAGAGCAAUGCCAGCUCCUCCGGGGCUAAGACAGUGGCUUAUUCCUGCUGCUGGGACCUCUGUCCGCAGUGCUUCAACUCAAGUCCUGAUCUGGCAGAACAUAUCAGGGGCAUUCAUGUGGAUGGGCAGAGAGGAGGGGUGUUUGUGUGUCUAUGGAAGGGUUGUAAGGUGUAUAACACACCGUCCACAAGUCAAAGUUGGCUCCAGAGACACAUGUUGACCCACAGUGGAGAUAAGCCCUUUAAGUGUGUAGUUGGUGGCUGCAACGCCAGCUUUGCUUCCCAAGGAGGGUUAGCCCGCCAUGUCCCGAGCCACUUCAACCAGCAGAGUUCCUCCAAAAUGUCUGGCCAGGCCAAACUCAAGGAAGAGUCACCCUCCAAAGCUGGACUCAACAAGAGAAAGAAACUUAAGAACCGACGCAGGUGUACUUUACCGAGACCCCAUGACUUCUUUGAUGCCCAAACCAUGGAUGCCAUACGCCACAGGGCCAUCUGUCUCAACCUUGCCACCCACAUCGAAAGUGUAGGCAAUGGCCACAGUGUGGUCUUCCACAGCACGGUGCUAGCCAGAAGGAAAGAGGGCUCUGGCAAGGUGAAGGUCCUCCUACAUUGGACACCGGAGGACAUACUACCUGACGCGUGGGUGAAUGAAACGGAGCGAUCUCAGCUGAAGACUAAAGUUGUACACUUAUCCCAGUUACCGCAGGAUGCUGCCAUGCUGCUAGACCCAAACAUCUAUAGAGCACUUCCUCAAAAGCGGCUGAAGCACAGCCUGUAAGGAGUCAUCUAUGGACUUGAUAAGCUGCCUUGAUACUUAAGGGGAAAUGCUUGUUCACAGGAGGUUUAUCUAUAUGGGAUGGGACACUCUUCAUCUGUCUCUGCUGAACGGGGGAGUGAAGUGGUGAUAAAAGGAAGUAAACUUGGCUAUGCUGACAUUUCUUCUCUCUUCGGUAUUGUAUAUCUGAACAACUGUUGUAGCCAAGUUUGGUGGAAAAUGGGACUAUUUUUUUUUUUUUAAGUUUGUCAAAAACUUUUUUCAUCAAAAACUUAAAUGAAUGUUUUUGUUUUUUAACAAACACCAAACUGAAAAUAUUCUUAAUACCCAAUGGUGUAAAAACCUGUUUUGUGUAAACUUGUCAGAAAAUACAGCAUCUUUUAUAACUGUUUUUUUGUGUGUUAAAAUAUUUAUACAGAUUUGUAACAUAUUUUUAUACCAUGAAAAUGCUGGUGUACUGUGGAUUUUUGUGAAGGUUUGAAUAGAACAAUAUUUACUGUGAUAAUCUAUGUUAACUCUCACUUGUAGGGAUAUUUGUAAUGCAUUUUUAGUUGUAAUAACAUUGUACAUGACAGAAGUCUUAAAAGAUUAUCCUAUUUAUACUUACUGAAUGCAGGACUUUUAACCAUGUGUCUGACAAUGAAGUGUGAGGUUGUACCAUUCAUAUUAGACAAUACUCUUGAUCUUACCCAGUCUAUAGACAGUACAGCAUAGAAAUAACUUGGACAUUUCAGCACACACUUAAAGUGUAUAUCAUACCUUUUCCCUACCACAUCUAACAUGAAAUGCAUAUAUCAUAGAUGUUAUGAUAUUAACAUUACUGCUAUUUAAGCACUCAAAAGCUAUUGUAAAAAAAAAGGUGAUUUCUUCUGUAUGUUGUCCCUGUUGGAAAUGGAAUACUCUGUAAUAAAGUGAAGGGAAACGACAGAUGUUGAUGAACACAA